AUGGGUUAUUUCCCCAAAUAUAGAGAGGAAGAGAAGGACACUUUACCAUCUAUGGCUUGGAUUAACAAAGCUGGCUGGCUUCACACACAGCUUGAUGUGCUUCUGGCCUUAAGUAUGGACCAAUGGGAUGAUGUGAUUUCCCAUAGUGUACUUGUUUACUCCUCCAUCUAUAAACUAAUAGCCUUGAGUAAUUCUACCAGUAGUAGUAUUACAGCUUUCCAGUACAGAAGGCAAACCAAGAUUUUAUGGUUUGAACUCACAGGACAAAAUGCCUGGUCAUUUGAGGGCUCCGCAAACCAGCUCCGGAGCUCGGCGGCCCCCGCCCGCGCUGGCGCGCUGUCACCCGAGGCCGGGACUGCCCCUCGGCCGCCGCCGGCCCCUCCCGCGCUGGCACCGCCUCCCCACACCGCCUUCACCGGCCCCGCCGCCUCCCGCCGCCCAGAAGCCGAGGAGCGCUCUAGGUGCGUCUCCGCGCCGCCGCCGGGAUGUGAACUUAAGAACCGAUUGGACAAGAUGAAAAGAGCGACUCCCCCGCAGCGCCCGCGGCCAGCCAGAGCCUCCCGGCCUGGCCCCGCCGCCGCCCUGGGCACCGCGCUGCUGCUGCUCCUGCUGGCCACCGAGUCCUCGCACACCGUGCUGCUGCGGGCGCGUGAGGCAGCUCAGUUCCUGCGGCCGAGGCAGCGCCGAGCCUACCAGGUCUUCGAGGAAGCUAAACAGGGUCACCUGGAGAGGGAGUGCAUUGAAGAGCUGUGCAACAAGGAGGAGGCCCGGGAGGUGUUUGAGAACAACCCAGAGACGGACUAUUUUUAUCCAAGAUACUUAGAAUGCAUUGAUAAAUAUGGAUCUCCAUACACCAAAAAUCCCAGUUUUGUCACAUGUGUUCAAAAUCUGCCUAACCAAUGUACUCCGAACCCCUGUGAUAAGGAGGGGACAAAAAUCUGCCAGGACCUAAAGGGCACCUUCUACUGCCUGUGUCAUGUCGGCUGGGGGGGCCGCCUCUGUGAUCAAGAUAUCAAUGAAUGCAACCAUCAGAAUGGGGGCUGUAAUCAAAUUUGCUACAACAAGUUGGGCAGCUUCCACUGUGGCUGCCACAGUGGCUAUGCUCUGUCUUCCGACAGCAAGACCUGUGAAGACACAGAUGAAUGCGCAAACGCCAGCACUUGCGGGGAGGCGCGCUGCAAGAACCUGAUGGGCUCCUACUCCUGCCUUUGUGAGGAGGGCUACAAGUACAACAGCGACAAGAAGGCUUGUGAAGAUGUGGACGAGUGUGAGGAAAAGCUCUGUGAACAGGUCUGUGUCAAUUCUCCAGGGAGCUACACCUGCCAUUGUGAUGGACGAGGGGGCCUCAAACUGUCCCAGGACAUGAAUACCUGUGAGGAUAUUUUGCCAUGUAUGCCUUUUGAUGUGGCCAAAAGUGUGAAGUCUUUGUAUCUGGGACGGAUGUUUAGUGGGACCCCUGUGAUCAGGCUACGUUUCAAAAGACUGCAACCCACAAGACUUGUUGCCGAGUUCGACUUUCGGACCUAUGACCCUGAAGGUGUCCUUUUCUUUGCCGGAGGCCAUCAGAACAGCUCCUGGAUCGUCCUCGCUCUGCGGGCUGGCAGGUUGGAGCUGCAGCUCCGCUACAAUGGGAUCGGCCGCGUCACCAGCAGCGGGCCCGUCAUCAACCACGGCACGUGGCUGAAGAUUUCCGUUGAGGAGCUGGAGCGGAAUCUAGUGAUCAAAGUCAACAAGGAUGCUGUCAUGAAAAUAGCAGUGGCCGGGGAUCUGUUUCAGCUGGACAGAGGAUUGUAUCAUUUGAACCUCACAGUGGGAGGCAUUCCCUUUAAAGAUAAAGACCUCGUGCAGCCCAUAAACCCUCGCCUGGAUGGUUGUAUGAGAAGCUGGAACUGGUUGAAUGGUGAAGACACUACCAUCCAAGAGACCGUAAAAGUGAAUACUAAAAUGCAGUGCUUCUCUGAAGCAGAAAAAGGGUCUUUCUUCCCCGGGAAUGGAUUUGCCUUCUAUAGUCUCGAUUAUAUGCGAACGUCGUUGGAUGUGGGAACAGAAACAACCUGGGAAAUAGAAAUUACUGCUUGGAUUCGCCCCGCCACAGACACUGGAGUGCUGCUAGCGCUAAUGGGCCAGAACCAAACUGUUCCCCUAUCGGUGGCCCUGGUUGACUACCACUCCACAAAGAAGCUCAAAAAACAGCUGAUCGUCCUGGCCAUUGAGAACGUCGCCUUGUCACUGAUGGAAAUCAAGGUCUGCGACAACCAGGAGCAUGUAGUGAAGGUGUCUGUGAAGGAGGGAGAGGCAAUGCUGGAGGUAGAUGACACCAAGGGCCAGAGCGAGGUGAGCCCCAGCCAGCUGCAGGAGAGGCUGGCCGUCCUGAAGAGGCACCUGCAGAGCUCCGUGCACACGUUCGUUGGGGGACUCCCAGAUGUUCCCGUGACUUCAGCGCCAGUCACAGCUUUCUACCACGGCUGCAUGACUCUGGAGGUCAACCAGAAGGUUCUGGACUUGGACGAAGCCGUGUACAAACACAGUGAUAUCACGUCACACUCCUGUCCUCCCACUAAGCACAGCACGCCAUAG